AGAUGGAUCACAUGUCUCCCAAGCUGAGAGCCUUCCUUUCUGAACCUAUUGGAGAAAAGGAUGUUGGCCGGGUGGAUGGGGUCAGCGGUGAGCUUGCAAUCAAUUUGGUCACCAAAGGUUUCAGCAAGGCCUACAUCUUGCUGGGACAGUUCCUUCUGAUGCACAAGAAUGAAGCCGAGUUUCAGAGGUGGCUCAUUUGCUGUUGCGGUGCCACUGAGUGUGAGGCCCAAGAGAGUUCUAAUUGUCUGAAGGAGUGGUGUGCCUGCUUCCUGUAGACACAGCCCUCA